AUCUUUAGCACCGCCACGGAUUACAGUGCGCAGUGUGUCACAGACUGCGUCGCGGCGUCGCCUGGUUUUACCUCAGCGUGUAGCCUACUUAUUAUUAAAAAUAAUAAUAAUAAUAAUAAUAAUAAAAAGCCUAAAGAAAAAGAUCAACAUAAAACAGAAGUGAUGGGGGAAUGACAACAAAGCCCGUCCCUCCGUCUGCGGUUCUCUGUCACCGAGAAGACCCCCAAGGAUGCUGCCGCUCUCCAGCCCGCGGACCGGACGCCUGCGCCGGGCCUCGCUGCUGCUGCUCGCCGUGGUCCUCCUCUGUGUCGUCCCUCUCGGCGCCAGCCUUCCAGCUGGCAGUAAGUGCCCUCUCCAUAUAGACUGUGCCAGAGAGGGACGCCACUUCUGCAGGCCUGGCUCCUCCCGAUGUGGCCCCUGCCUCUCCCCAUUGGAGGAGAACAAUGAGGGUCGCUGCGUGGUGAGGAAGAGGCACCAUCAGCAUGGUAAAGCGGCUUUCUACCCUGACCUGGAUGAAGAGAUCGAUUACCUUCACGCCGUCAUUGAAAAACAGGAACUGACAGAGAUCAAAACAACAAAACAAAGCAAACAUCCUGUGGCCAAAGCAGAUGUUAUUAAAAGCAGGACAGAUGCCUCCAAACUCAAACAGACAAGCAAGGAUCGUCCCUUCCCUGAAACCCUGAAUGCCAGCACUGCAGCCCCUGCAGUUUCUGCCCUUCCCAACACACUAACCCCCCAGCCCAGGGCCACUGGAGUUGAGGGCCGAGUCGGUCCUAUAGCUGUGCCAACAUCCAAAAGUGACAACAUUAUCAUCAUUCUGAUCUCGCUGUGUGUGGUGGUGGGCACUGUGGCAGUGAUCCUGGCAACCGUCUGCUACAUCAAGUUGCAGAAAGACUCGCGUCUGACUCAGAAGGUGGACUAUCCGGCCUUCAAAGGGACUGGCGUACCCCCGACCACAGCCAACGUUCCCUCUGUGGGAGACAAGACUCUGGCCCAAAACGCUCAAAUGUAUCACUACCAACAUCAAAAACAGCAGAUGCUCUCAAUGGGAAAUAACAAACCUGAACAGAAAGUCCAUGACUCCGAGGUCACAUCAGAUGAAGAGGAGGUGGGCGGGGACUUCACCGUAUACGAGUGCCCCGGACUUGCACCGACUGGAGAGAUGGAAGUGAAGAACCCACUGUUUGAUGACUCCACUUUACAUUAUCAGGGGAAUCACAAGUAAAUCUUGAGCACUUCACACACACACACACACACACUCACACAUACAUAUUUACACACAGCCAUACAAGCCACUUCUCUGGAAGUACCACGUGUUCUCACAUUGCAUGCAUAGAGAAAUGGAGAAUCCUGGCAGAGGUGAUUAAAAAAUGAAUGUUUUCUUGUUGGCCCUUUACUAUAUCUGUCCAUGGUAUGGCUUUUAUUACUACAAAUGUAUGUUGGGUUCCUGCAUAAUUGAUUUCUGUCCCUGAUUUUGAGCAUUCCUCUCUUUUAACAUAACAUUAUCAGAGUCCUCUCAGAUUUGUCCCCAUAGGUGUUUUAUCUUUGAGUUAAGAUUUUUUUUCCUCCACCAUUACUUUCCUUAAUUUCUGCAGCUAUUUCCAAAGAAUGUGAUACAAUAGCAGACAGGUACAACACACUGACAAACACAUACACAUACAUAAGCCGAGAAACAGGUGCCCUCUCCUUGUUUUGUCAUGCAUAGCUAGUGUCUAAACCACAUUCCUGACAGAUCAGAUCUCUGUGAUACCUCUGUAAAAACUCCCCAACACAACACAAGGUUGUUACCGUUGGUGUUGAUGAUUUUAUUCCUUGUCAUAUAAGCUGCACAUAAAGAUUUUAAGAUUAUAGAAUAUAAAUAUAUACGAAAAUGAAGUACUUGAUGAUGUCUGCUUGCAUGGUUUGACUGUACUGUGUUUGAAUAUUGGCAAUGCUUUGCUGAACUAUUCUGCCUCCUGUAUGUAUGCAUCCUGUUGCUGGAGGAGGAACUACAGUAAAAGUGACUUAUGAGCACUUGAAUGAAAUUUUGGUGACAGACUAUACUGAUGGAUGUGUAGGUGGUAAAUAUCACUAUCUUGUAUUGUCACUCUUUCCUCCCUGUCUUCUUGUCGGUCCCAAGUUAACUUCGUGCUGCAAAAUGUACAUACAAAGAGUGAAUGUGUUCACUUUUUAUAGAUAUUUGUACAUGCAGACCAAGGAUUGGAAUUAAAGUUUUUACCACACG